AUGACGGAUGAUGGCAAGGCAAAGGCGUUGCCUUUUCGGUAUCAGUUUGCUGCCGGUGCUGUUGCUGGUGUGUCGGAGAUAUUGUUGAUGUAUCCUCUCGAUGUAGUCAAGACGCGUAUACAGCUUCAACAUGGGACGGCUGUUGGCGGUGAGGGUUACACGGGUGUACUGGACUGUUUCCGCAAGAUUAUCAAGAAUGAAGGGGCGUUGAGGUUAUAUCGUGGGAUCACUGCGCCUGUACUUAUGGAAGUCCCAAAAAGAGCCAUCAAAUUCUCCGCCAACGACUCCUUCACCCCCUUUUACAAAUCCCUCUUCUCCACCCCAACCCUCACCCAACCCCUCGCUAUCCUCACCGGCGCCAGCGCAGGCGCGACCGAAUCCCUCAUCGUCGUCCCUUUCGAACUCCUAAAAAUCCGACUACAGGACAAAACCUCCUCGUCCCGCUACACGGGGCUGCUCGACUGCCUCACCAAAGUAAUCCGCCAUGAAGGCCCCCUCGCCCUCUACAACGGCUUCGAAGCCACGCUCUGGCGUCACAUCGUCUGGAACGCCGGCUACUUCGGCUGCAUCUUCCAGGUGCGACAGCAACUGCCCUCGCCCAGCGAGACGCGGAAUCCGCGGCGCCAGAAGACGGUGAAUGAUUUGAGCGCGGGAUUUGUGGGCGGUGUGGUGGGCACGACGUUCAAUACGCCGUUGGAUGUGGUCAAGAGUCGGAUUCAGAGUGUGGCGAGGGUGCAAGGGGUACAGGGCAAGUACGAGUGGGUGUGGCCUAGUUUGGGGGUUGUGUACAGGGAAGAAGGAUUCCGGGCGCUGUAUAAGGGGUAUGUGGCUAAGAUAUUAAGGUUUGGGCCUGGAGGAGGCAUACUGUUGGUUGUGUAUUCUGCGGUCGUGGAUUUGUUCGCUAGGGUUGCUUGA